CUCGACUUGUCAUCAACCUCACUUCAGUUACCAGAUCACGAUGAGCCUCUUCCUUCCAAAUCCCAUCCAAAGUAAGCGGAAAAUAAAAAUAAAUUGCGUCUCACGAAAGACAUAUGCCACCCAACAAACACCAUAAUGCCCAAGACAAGGCGAGAGCGAAGAGAAUCCCCACCCCGCCCAAAGAAAACCGCUCGAUUGACAUGCAACAACUGUCGUGCCCGCAAAGUCCGCUGCGAUGGAGGACAACCCGUCUGUGGUAUAUGCAUAGCAUACAGUGAGACUUGCAAAUAUGAUCGGCCGCCGCCCAUGACUCAAAUCCGCGCUAUGGCGGAUAAGAUAGCGCAGCUUGAGCAGACGAUCAAAGACCUUCAGAACAAGAAUGGAACUAGCACGGCACCUUGUCAAGCUGGCGCGGCAGAAAGCGCGAUAGUGCCAACGCUCAUAGAGCCUCUUCCGACCAUUGAGGUUGCGGAUGGCAACAUGGAUCCCACUCGGUCGUUUUACGACACUACAUCCGCAGUCCAUGAUCCUGGGGAUACGCCAUCGCAAGCAACAACGGGUCAAAUCACUGUCGCACAUAGCCCCGAAACACGUCAGCCUCUACCCAUGGAAACACCUGAGUUAAAGUUCUGGGAGGAUCAAGCCGUCGAGAGCGCAGCAGUUUAUCUCAGCAUUCCUGAGGAAGUGAUUCGACGUCUUUUCGCGACACAUUGGACGUGGGUUCACGCGAACUUUAUGUUUGUCCCACGAGCUUUAUUCUUUCGUGACGCCGCAGUCGGUGGAAAAUUCUUCUCCCCAUUUCUGUUGAGCGUGUUAUGUCUGCACUCGACGCGCUUCAGGGAACGGCAUUUGACAGAGCAGCUGCUUGCUAGGGCAAAGUUGGAGUUUAGUCAUGAGAUACACAAAGAAGGAUCCAUGCCAUUAGUUCAAGCACUGCUCCAGUUUAGUGCUCGCGAAAUCGGUAGAGGAUCUGUAUCGCAAGCUUGGCUGUACGGCGGGAUGGCAUUUCGAGUUGCUAUUGACAUUGGCCUGUUCUCACUAUCACCUGGGAAAUCUGAGGGCGUCGUAUGGAUGCAACUCGGGCGUCAUCUCGCAUGGUCUUGCUUCUUCUGGGACAAGACUUUGAGCUUGUAUCUUGGAAGAACACCGUCAUUACCUGAGCCGCCGAAAUGGGACCCUGCUUUACCAGAGGAGCCAGAACCCGAGUUCUGGCCGCCUUAUCCAAUUCCAGAUGAUGAAGCACUUCAGAGCUAUCAGCCGAGACCAUCGCACUUGUUACUGUGCUUUGCAUAUACUUGCAAGAUCAGCCUUAUCAUCAGCGAUAUUCUCUUCAGUAUUUAUGGAAGCAAACGAACCAAAGAUGUCUUGGACUUUGUGCAGACUACGAGGGAGAGGCUGCAUUCCUGGCGUUCAAGUUUACCAUCGGCUUUGCAUGUGGAUUACCAAGCCAAAAUAUGCCCGCCUACACAUUUCGUAGCCCAACAAAUGUUAUACCAUACCACCAUGAUCCUACUCCACCGGCCGUUUCUCAACAACCCAGCGUGCUGGAAAGCAUGUCAAGAGGCUUCUCAAGCCGUAGAACAACUUCUUCAGCUCCUCGAUAACACCUUCGGCUUCCAGCGUUUCACUUACAUUAUGGCUUACUGCACCUACACCGCAGCCACGGUCGUCGUGCAAGACAUGAAAAGCGGCAGGCCUGAUACUACCCAGCGAUUCAAGAUGUUUACGAGAGCUCUGAACGCCAUCACGGUCAGCUGCCCUGGCAUACAGCGUAGCAUAAAUAUUUUGAAAAGGGGACUUGGUGCUGUGUCGGUUGAGCAAGAACCCCCGGAUUUUCCGGAGCAGGCCCCGCAGAUACCGGCAUUUCCUUAUACGGAUUUCGGAUACGAUUUUGGUGAAGGGGUGGAUGCGACGAGUCAUGACACGGCUGCGAGCUCGAAUGAGUUCUUUGACCUUGAUUCUUUUCCGCAGUUGUGGUUUAACGAGUUCUCUGAUAACGUGUUUGAUGACAUUCACGCCGAGAAUCCAGCGUAAAUAAACACACAAGGUCGUAUCCAAUUGGGAUGUCACUUAUGGACUACAUAGAAAGUCAUGAUCGACAUUAAUACCACCACCCUGUCAUAUAUGAUAUUAAAAAUCAAAAGAAACAUGCACGAAACGUAAGAUUGAACUGAGCCCUACGCCAGCUUUCUAUCGUCGUGCAUAUGAUGAGACUC